AUGAAGGAUCGCUUGGAAGAGCUGCGUCUGCAGAUCAAAGCAAAUCAUCAACUCCAAGAAGGCAACCCCUUCACCCACCAUGACGAGGAAGAGCCAAUGUCCUUUAUAGGUCACUGGCCUCAAGCUGUGAUCUUUGAGACUGAGCCUGUCCUGGAAAACUUCCUAGAUGAGGCCAAGCGUAUUCGUGACAGCUUAGAAGAGCUGGAGGCUGAGGUCAAAAAGUUCAGUCAGCAUCAGAGGAAUUUCGUGGCGACCAUGCGGCGCUUCAGCGUCAUGAAAAAAGAGAGCAGCCUUACUCGGGACAUCAAGCUGCAGGCUGAGAACCUGCGUAAGAAGCUUGACGAGCUCUCAAAGCAAGUGAAGCGCACCGAGAUUGAAUUGGGUCCAUCAGCCGCCACAACCCGGAUGCAACGUGCCCAACAUGAUGCGCUCUUUCGGCGGUUUCAGGAGAUUAUGCGGCACUAUAAUGACUCGCUCCUAAGCAAGCAAGACAAAUGCAAGCAGUUCAUCAUCAGGCAACUGGAGAUCUCUGGCCGAGAAGUAUCAGAGGAAGAAGUGGAAAACAUGGUGGAACAGGGUAAAUGGGAUGUUUUCAAUGAGAACAUCUUAGUGGAUGUCAAGAUCACUCGAACACAGUUAUCUGAAAUAGAGCAGCGCCACAAGGAACUGCUCACUCUUGAGAACAACAUGAAGGACCUGAGAGAACUUUUUCUAGAUGUAUUCAUGCUUGUGGAGGAGCAAGGAGUGCAAAUUAACAGCAUUCAGGCCAAUGUAGAGAUGACUGAGGAAUAUGUGAUGGUUUGUAAUGAGAAAUUCAAAAUGGCUUCCAGAUAUAGGAAGAAGAACCCUUUAAGAAGACUGUGUUGCUGCUGCUGCCCAUGGGCAUGAUGCAGAACAGACUGUAUCUAAAUGACAGAAGAUAUAUGAAGAACUUAGGUUGUGAAAACACGAAGAGGAAUUUGUUUAUUGACAUUGUUUGUUAUAAAAGCAAAACUUUUGCUUAAUUUAAGAAAUGUUUAUAUAAUAAAGACACCAGAAUUGUGUAUGUAGCUACUAAUGACACAAAGCAUUAUAUUUAUGUUUAUUUUAUUUCCACACUGCAUUUUUACUAUGGCCAAUUCCAUUUCAUUUUGAGUUUUAAUUUAAAUACAAAUGCUAUUGUUGUACAUGUGGUAUCUAAAUGUAUAAAAAAAAUGACAACUAAUCACUAAGUUAUAUAAAACGAACAUUAGCAUAAUAUAAAUAAAAUGUUUUUAGAAAAG